AUGUCCAUUUUCUUCAAUAAAGAAAACCAUGCAGAGUGCGGUAAGGUUUGUAAAUCAAACUGUUUGUCAUACACCUAUGACCAAAGUGCCAAGGAAUGCAGGACUUUAACCAAGAAGCUAUGUAGAGAUAAUACCGCACCAAAUUUACCAAUCAUGGCUUUUACCAAGGUCGUGAGUAUACCAAUCAACGCAUAUCCAACCGAUUGCAGUGAGAUAGACACAGCCGUCUACUGCUCUGGUGUCUACCGAAUCACACCUUCGCCUGGAGUCAGCUUCGACGUGUACUGUGACCUGGAUACGGCUGACGGACCAUGGACGGUGAUACAAAACAGACAGAAUGGUAAUGUUGAGUUCUUUAGAACCUGGGAGGACUAUAAAAACGGAUUCGGUGACCUUCAUGGGAACUUCUGGCUUGGAAAUGAACACAUCCACCAACUCACGAUAUCAACUUCCGUCUUACUUAUUGUAUUGAUGUCAUGGUUAGGCGAUACUGGACAUGCACAGUAUUCCACAUUCAAGGUUGAAGACGAAACAGAAGAUUACAGACUGACUGUAUCCGGAUUUUCUGGGAAUGUCACAUAUGAUGGAAUGGCCACUCAUCACGGUAUGAAGUUCUCUACAUUCAACAGAGAUAACGAUCAAUUCGCGUCCAACUGUGCUGAGUUAUAUAAGGGUGGAUGGUGGUACAAUCACUGUUACGAUUCAAAUCUUAAUGGCGGAUCAUACAUAAACAGUGUUAACGAACGGAGCAUUCCGGUCUGGAAAUGGUUCUAUGAAGAUAUCCAUUACACUCCUAUGAUGAAGACAAAAAUGCUUUUGAAGCGUUCUCUGUCUUAA